UGUAGAUAAACUUUGACAGGACAAGAAAGCUGGUCACCACUCAGUAUUGUGUUCAUAAUACAUCUCCAAGCUAACACACGGUCAACAUAAAAACAUAAUCAUUUUUCUUCGAAAUACCAACUUUAGUAAUUAGAAACGGGUGAUCGUUCAUGUUCUACUGGAAGACACUGAUCCAAAACAAACAGGAAAAAAGUCAAAAAGCAACUUUUUCCCAGUAUCUCGCUUCCAAACUAUAACGAGUUAACCAGUCCCUCUUCUAUGAUGAUGUCAUCAAACAACAGCACCUCGUCUAUGUAUUGCUUGGACGUGUUCAUCAGCGAUACGCCCAAACAUCGCUAUGCCAUGAACAUCGCACUGAUAGUAAUCAACUGUCCAUUUGCAGUGUUCGCGGUGCUUAGUAACGCGCUGGUGUUAUUUCUUGUAAUCCGCACACGGGAGCUUCACACCCCAUCAAACAUUCUUCUAUGCAGCCUUGCCAUCACUGAUCUGUUGGUGGGACUCAUUACACAACCGCUCAUGAUCACUUGGCGAGUCAUGGUCCAAAACCUGUCCACAACGUGCACGUCAAAAGUGAUCCACAUCUGGUACGAAGCGUUUUUGUUCAUUUCUACUGGAGGAUCGUUUUUGACCUUAACCUUCAUCAGCUAUGAUCGGUUUCUCGCCGUAUCCAAACCAGUAAGGUACUCCAGCCGAGUCUCCACCUCCAACAUCCUGCGAAAGCUGGCUUUUCUUUGGCUUCUUUGGAUCAUCUUUGUGAUCCUGAAAUACUCCUUGUUCACAGAGAACAUUAACCAAACGAUCAACACAACAUUUGCUGUGGUACUCUUGGCAACUCUCCUAACUCUUCAAAUUGCUACUAUCCGAUACAUCAGAAUAAACAACGACAAGAUUAUUUCUGAUCACAAUGCAAAGGUCAUUUACGAUCGUGAGAAGCGUGCCACCAUCACAAUCAUGUUCGUCCUGGGAGCAUUGGUCGUGUUUCUUCUACCAACCGUCAUAGUACAAACUGCUAUCGGCUUCAGUGAUGCCACCAAAGGCAUCAUCGCUGCCAACUUCGCAAUGACCGCCAUUCUGAUGAAUUCCUCCGCGAAUCCACUGAUUUAUUUUUGGCGUAAUCGAGAAAUUAGAAAGAAUUGUUUGAAAUUCUUUCGGUGCAGCAACGAUGCAAAUGUGAUAAAUAUCAGGCAAUACCACGGGAGGCAUUGUACGACAUCUAAUACCACCUCAGGUCCGGAAAUGUUGCAUGACACUUCACGAUCACCGUAACGGGAAUAUAAUGCCAAAGCAAACCAUUUCCGAAGUGAAUCAGUAGUAUUUAUUUGUGCGUUUAAGAACGAGGUACAUGCUUAUGCUUAAGCACAUUUACUUAAGAAGAACCUCCAAGAACUCAUUACCAUUCACAAAUCUGCUAGAAAUCUUCGCUCGUCUUGUCACUUGUUGCUGUCUUCAAAAGCUUAUAAUCUCAAGUCAUAUUAUGGUCUACGUUCUUUCUCGGUUGCUGCUCCUCUACUCUGGAACUCCUUACCUUCUUCAAUUAGAGAUAUUUCCAGUUUAUCUUUAUUUAAGUCUAAACUCAAGACUCAUUUAUUUAA